CUGCAACUACCAUUCCAAUCUCCACCUUCUUGAUCUUUUCCCAAAUAAAUAUGGGCAAACCACAAUAUGCAGAAGGACAUAGCAAUGAAAAAUCAGCAACACAAACCAGACGAGCUUAAGUGAGAAGCCGGUUGAUCACUUCUCGAUCAUGAUCAAAGUAGUGGCAAUGGCCCUGGCAAUCCUCCUGCUACUCGCGUCGCCAGCAGCAUCAUCAUCGUCACCAAGAACAAGAUCGUUGUUCUUAGUACAUGCGGAUGGACAGGUACCGAUUCCGCCACCUGUUCAUCCAGUUCAAGAUCAACAACGGGUGCACGAAGAAGAUUACGGCGUCUAUGAUCCUGUGCCUGUCGUCAAAGGAUGCAGACAUGCCCCAGUACCCCAUGCCCGAUGACUAUGAAUCUAUGAUCAUGAACAAGAAUGAAUGAUAUGGUCUUGA